AUUUUAUCACUACCGCAAACUUGUAGAAGGUGCUCAGCACGGCGGAGUUGUAGCGUUCGCAUUUUGUACGAUUGUAUGCUGCGCGAAGGAAGCGGCUAACAUGAGCCGAAACCCUGGAAAAAACAAACUAAAUCUCAAGCUUCCGCCGGGCUCCAUAGAGCCACUAGAUCACUCGGGGUGCGAUCCGACAAACGACAAAUCGACUCAGAACACGAGCAUCGAAGACUUGCAGAAAACACUCGAAGGCUUGGACUUAGAUGAACAGCAGCGCAAGCGGCUGGAGGCAUUUCUGUCCCAGAAGCAGAAAGUUGGCGAGCUCAGCAGUGAUGACUUUGAGAACCUUGGUGAGCUUGGUGCUGGAAAUGGGGGAGUUGUCACCAAGGUGCUGCAUAGACCCAGUGGCUUCAUCAUGGCCCGGAAGCUGAUUCACUUGGAAGUCAAACCUGCCAUUCGGAACCAGAUCAUACGAGAGCUGAAGGUGCUUCAUGAGUGCAACUCUCCGCACAUAGUGGGCUUCUACGGAGCCUUCUACAGUGAUGGUGAAAUCAAUGUCUGCAUGGAAUACAUGGAUGGUGGCUCCUUAGAUUUAGUGCUAAAAAAGGCAGGCCGCAUUCCUGAAAAAAUUUUGGGCAAGGUCACAAUAGCGGUACUGAAAGGUCUCAAUUAUCUGAGGGAGAAGCAUCAGAUAAUGCAUCGCGAUGUAAAGCCAUCAAACAUGCUUGUGAAUUCUAGGGGCGAAAUCAAGAUCUGCGACUUUGGCGUGAGCGGGCAACUGAUUGAUUCAAUGGCAAACUCUUUUGUGGGAACACGGUCUUACAUGUCGCCGGAGCGACUCCAAGGCACGCACUACACUGUUCAAUCGGACAUCUGGAGCCUGGGCCUGUCAUUGGUGGAAAUGGCACUGGGCCGCUACCCGAUCCCACCACCUGAUGACCGAGAACUGACUGCCAUCUUUGGCCGCAACUACACCCCUGAAAGUAACUCUGGCAUGGCAUCGGGUGAUGGACCACGGCCCAUGUCAAUCUUCGAACUUCUCGACUACAUUGUCAACGAAGCCCCACCUUCAGUGCCAGCAGGUGUCUUCUCGCCAGAGUUCAAGGACCUCGUCGAUCGAUGCUUGAAGAGGAAUCCAAAUGAACGAGGGGAUUUGAAGACAUUAAUGAACCAUCCGUAUGUGCGGACAUCGGAGCAAGAGAAAGUGGAUUUUGCUGGCUGGGUGUGCCAAACCAUGGGCUUGGACCCCUCAACUCCUACAAAACUUACUCCGGAGGGACAGGCCUGACUUCCAUAAUGGUCAAAACGCAGUGGAGGAUGACAGCUGCUCUCGGCCCAUGAAGACGGGAAGUGCAUUCGCAACGGGGGCGAACAUGCGUGCGAUCUCUGCCUCUUCACACCCACACAUUUCUCUCUUGUGGGCACUGGCUCUGUCCGGGUCUGCCGCUCACCCCCCCCCCCCCCUCCACCCCCACCCCCUUCCCUUUCGUCUAUCUGUUGCUUCCAAGCUGUGUCUCUGUCUUGGGCACAAGUGUCACCAUUGGCCAUCACAACUCCGUGAAAUGAACUUACCUGCAGGUUAUAAUCGCUGGUGGGAAGCAGUCUGCCACAGCAGUGCAGUGCUUCCUGCAGUUUCAGAGCACUGAUGCUAACGCAUCAACUGGCAGAUUCUGAAGGUUUAUGUGUGUUGCAGCAGAGCAGUUGAGGAGCAGAUGUGAAGGGGCAGUUCUUCCAUGCCUACUUUGCAUGUGCACAGCAACAGUUGCAGCGGAGAGCUUUAGUUGGUGCAAUGCUCAAAAAGAGCUAACCCAGACUGUCUCCUGGGUGCUCUAAAGAAUCUGGGUACCCGAGGACAGGUCUCCUCUUCAGCAAAUGAUGCGCUCCUUUUAAGGAGUGAUUGAUAUUGCAUAGGUAACACUCAUACUUUGCUGUUGCUUAAGGGGGGAUGCCUUGUCUGUGCCUGUGUGCAGGCCAUUUGCGUUGUUGCUGUCGUGUAGAGAGGAUGUAAUUUUCUAUCCAUCUUUGCUUGUUGUUCAUUAUUUAGUUUUUCUUGCGAUAGAACAGCUGGCCUCCUGGUUAACUUGCCAGGUAAUGCUUUCAGGUUGCUACUGUUUCGAAGCGCAGUUAGCAGGACUGUUUUGUCAGUUAUGGCUACCAUCGUCUUUCGUUUCACAGGCCAGAAGGAAAAGAGUACGCUGUCCACUGCAGGUAGUUGUGAGGUUAGCUGCAGUACAGCUGUUCUUAGCUUUCUUUUUUAACCUUUUCAUGCCAUGCAGCUGCACUUCGAGCUUUUGCUUUUGGGACUCAAACUUGGGUUAGAAGCGGACUGUUAGUGGCUGUGGAAUGGAAUGUUCUCUUCCCUGUUCAUUGCUUUUUUUUUUAGUGUACAGAUUUAGUUGAAGUUACAAGCAAACACUUGCUUAUUGAAGUUGCAGCUCAUUCGAUGGAAGUUGCACCCAUGUGUGAAGCUGAGUGCUCUUGAGUUGGACUGUGCAGUGCCUUUUCUUUCUUAUUCCUUCUUUGUGUGAUCAACUUGUGCCUACCGUGAGUGCACAAGGUGUUUAAAGGAACACAGGCACAUUAAUCUUGCCUCGCCUUUCUUUGCUUGACAGGUACUUGUCAACUCUAUAAUUGUAGCAUGAAGCUAGAUUCACGCUGUCAAAUGAGCCAUUGCAUUCGCCUUUCACUAGGCUCUUUGACAAAUGCGACAUGGGAUAAGCCUGGCCGUCUGCUGUCGCUUCUUUGGGAGUCCUGGGUGCCCCUCUUGCCUCCUUUCAACUUUUAUUCUGCCGAGUGCUAAAUGCACUAAAUUUUCAGUGGCAUGGUGUGGCUUUUGACCUCUGCCGGGUUGACUGGCACUUUUGUCAGUGGUUUACAGUGCCAUGAGACCACCAUCUCUGAUCUCCCUGACACAACGUAUGGCCUGCUUGAUGCCUGGAGCUUCACUGCAGGUGGUGCAUGUUUUGAACUGGUUGUAUUAAAAGACAGUAAUUAAUCAUUCGUUGCAGGCUGUAUUCCGUAAUUAAAGAGUUGACACCUACUUAAGAAAGCAAAAAGUGAAACAUUUCGUACCAAUUCUCCUUUAAAGGGACCCUGAAACGAUUUUGAUGAUUUUGUACAAACAUGGUGAGCCGUUUGCGUAGGUCUUUCUGAUCAUUGAUACUUAUAAGUGCUCCGCAUAAAGCAUGUAAUGUAUUUCAAGGUUUUAAAAAUAUGCAUCACUACCAAUUGCUGUGGCACAACUCUCCUAUGUUUUUAGCCUGCCCCGUCCCCUGCUACAUAGCAGGGGUGCGCAACAUCAUUCGGGCGAGCUGUCUUGGCUACCCACGUUGUGUCAAUGGUAAUUUUUCCAGCUUUAUGGUGAACAACUGUUCUUUGUAAUAGUUGUAAUAUUGGUUAAUUAGAUUCUCUUGAAAGAAGUAAAGUAACAGAAAGAGAAUACACGACAAUUUAUCACUACACUCGGGCGCUUCCAGCACGGAGCAAGUGUCAUCUGCUUGUGCUACAGCGUGCUCCAUGUUGGCACGAACUGCGCGGUCAGUGUUGGUCUCAAGGUUUCUUUUCACGAACACCAUGAAUCACCUUUGUUAUGUUGUCGGCUUCAAAUCUAGCGAUUGGCGACAUGUCAUGUUGUGACAUCGUGUCCUUCUGAAAGGCAACAGGCGGGCGGAGAGGCUGCAGUGCAUUGGGCUGUCGGUAUCAGAUUGGCGCCAGGAUCUACGUGUUGGCGGCCGUCACUUGACGCUGGAGCAUGUGCCACAAUACCGUGCUCGUGCAGCGAUUUGGCGCUGGGACAGAAUGCUCGCAAUGCACGCUGCUUGGAUAGCUCUUGCUGGGGAUCGACGGCCAGGUGGCUAGCAGAGAGGUCAGAGAGACUUCGCGUGCUGGCGUCAAGACACCAGAAGUAGACACGACGUCACAUGACGCAGAGCCAGUGAAGGUAGAGCUUAGCCCCAAUCGCUCAUUGAACUAGUUGAUGAGGAAAAGCCUGGCUAGGAAGGAGGGUAACUCUCAAUUGCCCAUAGCUUUCUGAAUAUGAGACGCUUCACUUACAUUGUGCCGCGAUUGUUUUACUGUAGCUGUGGCCUACGCGCCUACAAAUUUUGUCCUAACCGUUUCAGGGACCCCUUAAAGGAGCUCUGAAACACUUUUUGAACAUAGUGAGAAAGCGUUGCCAAUCUAUUAACGAGGUUCCUGUGAACAUGUGAGCCAAGCUCUGCAUGCCGCAGGGAAUUCCCAAUGUGGUGUCAAAAGCAGUGAAAAAUUGCUUGCUCUUCUUCACAAUGCUAUCAUGCAGCGUCAUCGCAAGCAGAGUAGCCCACACCAGCUUGAUUUUGUGAUCGUGCGAACAUUCUAAUACAAUUAUUGCUAAUUUGAGCUAAAUAAAUGAAAAAAGCAUGUGUCUGCGAUCUCAAAAAGACUGAAAAACCAUUUCAUAUUUGCACUGCCGGUUUACACACAACAGUUGCGCGUUUGCUGUGUGUGGCCUCAAAAUGAAUAGCACAGCAUAGAUACCGUGGCUGCUACGGGUUUCCGCCAUGAGCCGUUGUGCUGCCGGGGCAUUCAGCCUUUGGGCAGUUCCAGCGGCCCAUUGCUCUAGCCCCCUUGCCGUCUCCCCUGUAUAGCUUCUAUUAAGUUAGUGAAAGUGAGAGAGAGAAAGCUUCUCAUCGGUCCGGUAACUGCAUCUAACUUCUUUUGUGCUUGAAAAAUUCUAAACAUCUUUACGGCAGGAUAUUCGCGAGGUGACCUAAUUUAAUACUAAUGGUGUAAUUUUAUGAUUAGUUGUAAAACUGUUUCAGGGCCCCUUUAAGAAAUUCAGGCAUAAGGAGUGCAUAACUUGGAGCUGCAGUGAUGUUUGCGGCUUAUGCUCUACCUUGCUGUGCUUGACAUCAUGCCAGGAUAAUAGAGCUUCAAGCAUUGCGAACGGCAUUAAAAAAAUAGUUCACAUGUAUUGAUUUUAUUUUGACCAAGCUGCCUUGAAGGUUGUGGCUUCUAGAGUGGAUGCAGCUGGAUUGGAUUUGUGGUCUUGUGUCUAAAUGCUGCAGUUUUUGUUGCAUUGCGUUCAGUUUUAGUUAUUAACAAAGAAUAUUUUUUACAUUAGAUUACAUUUAGUUAACACUAGACAUUUCCAGUGCAGCUAUUGAUUGUAAAUGCCCUUGCAGUGCUUGAAGUUUAUAUAUUUGCACGUACAUAGCAUAGCAACAAGUAUGAUAUAAGAGCAGGCUUCUCGAAAGCUGAAAAGUGAGAGAUUGUUAUGAUGAUAAUGUAUCAAUGCCUGCUACAGCAAACCAUGACUGAGGGCUUCAAGAAAUGCCUAACGAUGCACAUAAAUACUUGUUAAGCAGGUGCCUUUAAAUUGCUUAUUUAUUCACAUGUCCGCAAAACUCUACCUUACCCCAGAGUGUAGUCGAAGCCAGGCUGCCUUAUCAAACUCGCUCUAUUGUAGCCGUCGUGGUAGGCUGCACCACGUCACAUUUAAGUGCGAGGGGAAGCUCAGAUAAUAACUGUAAUUGGAGGUCUAUGAUUGGCUUCUUACCUGUGCUGGGACAUCUGGUAUCUAAGUGCAAUGCAUGAGAUACAAAAAGUGUACAGUUGCGUGUCAAUACAUUCACUUUCAAGCAAGAGACUAAGCAUGAAGCAUUAUGUACGUGCAAAUAUGGCACCCUGAUGUGGUUGAUACUAAUGUCUCGGCAGUGCCACUGCUCUACUCAUACUGUUGCGUGCAUUUGUGCCCUUUGCCUGUAUUGGAAGCCAUUUUCAUUGAAAGGGGAGUUGCAUAAUUAGGUGCAGUAUCCUUCUUGCAUGCAAACUGCAGUUUUGAUUAAUGGUUGUUGCAUUAUCACUCCUCUGCAAACUAUGCAUGACAUUGUACAUAAGCGACGUGCAAGCUGAAGAAAGUGGCCUAUAGAUGUGCAGACGGGAAACAGCUGUGGGACAGUGUGCAUGGUGAUUAUCUUUCCUUGUUUCAAGCAUCUAUUAUUUCUGUUCUCACUGGUGAAUUCAUAGGUGUAGGAGCUCGUACUGUAUGCCAGCAUGGCUGCGUCAGAAAAGGGGGUGGUGGAGAAAUGCCUGGCACUCUGAAAGUGGACUGUGUUGGAAACAUUACAGCCCAGGCAUUCUCAAGAUGGUGUGGUCACACAGGGGACACGGUGUCGCACAUCUUCAAGACAGCCGCAGUUUGUAAUGUGACGUGGUUAAGCCUAUGGUUGACUCGGGGAAAACAGAGCUGCUGUCAAAUUUUCGGCAGCCUCAAGAGUGGAUUGUGUCCAUCACAAAAGCCAUGGCCAUGUAUGAAGAAGACUCACUGACAUGCCACUAUGGAAUUUCGAGCUGUAGCAGCGUGAAAUUUUGCCCGUUCAUGUCCUGUUGUACUUGUACUGCUUGAUUGGUUACGUCACAGCCUACUGUACAGUGUUUUGGGGGCUAUUUCUUAAUUUAUUGAUAGUGACGUUGGUCUAGUAGUGGUUUAUGCCUGCAGCCAUGCUUCGUACUGAGCAGAAAGUGUUGGUGAGGAGACUGGGAGUAAGCACCACUCCAUCUUCGUCAAGGGGGAUGGACGGUGGAACACACUAGGUGGAAAACAAGGGGAGCGGUGUGUUCUAGUAGAGUACUCUAGGAAACAUUCCCAAGUGCACGUCGUCCUCGUAUAGUCUUUUAUUUAUUGAAACAACUGUCCCAUCAUUUUUAUGUGCGAGAGGUUUGUUCUGCUGGCCCCCACCGCCUCUGGGCCCUGUGUUAUGAAAUGCUCCAGCAAACAAGAGCAGGUAUGCGAACAAAACAAGUGGACAUGCACCUUGGAGAGUUGUGCUGCAGCUAUGGGUCUACUACCACAAGCAUCAAGUAUAACGCCGCGUGACUGCACUGUGUCUGAGUGUGUGUUAUUUUAUCGAUGCACACCUUCUCAUUCAGGAGUAAAAUGCUUACUACAGCUUUGUGGUGGCAACUGAUAGGACAAUGCCCUUUUUCCUGUCUUGUAUGCGGGCGUUCCAUCAGUUGGCAAGUGCUGCCUUGUAACUAUUGUUUGAGAAGAUCGUGUUGCUCUCUACGUUCUUUUGUGAGGGGAUUUUUUUUUUCGUAAUGUAGCAAGAAGUGGUGAGGGGUCUGAAAAGCAGCAAGCAUUUUGUUGACCAAAGAAGUCCUUUGCUGCAUCUUUGCAGGUGAUACGACUAUUUUUAAAUAUUUUGAGUUUCAAUAAAGUGCCCCAUACAUGAAAGUGUACUUGGGUACGACAGAC